CCUAAUUAGUAAAAAAUUAGAAUCUUCUUCUGCUCUUCUCUGCUAAAAAAUCUAAUCUCAAAAAUUAGAACCACGCAAUUCAAUCUGAAACCUAAAAAUGGAUCCAGCAAAUUCACCUCAAUAAUGGGUACUACUAUCAUCAUCACCUACAACGGCGGCGGCGUCCUUAUCGCCGGCUCUCGCACAAGCACCGGGAUGUACGUCGCAAAUAGGGCAUCAGACACAAUUACUCUGCUCACUGACAAAGUCUACGUUUGUCGUUCUGGAUCGGCUGCAGAUUCUCAUAUUGUAUCAGAUUAUGUGCCUUACUUCCUUCACCAGCACACAAUACAGCUAGUGCAACAAGCUAUGAUCAAAGUUGCUGCAAAUCUAAUUAGGUUGAUUUCUUAUAACAAUAAGGUAGUUGUGCCUUGAAUUCCACAGCUAGCCAAAGGAUUGCUAUUAUCAUGUAUACAUGAUCCAAGUCCUGUUGUAUUUUUUGAACCAAAAGUAUGUUUUUCCUUUGGUUGUAAAUCAACUAGUUUCGAGUGUCGAUAUCAAAGUAAUGUGGAUUUUCAAUGGCUUUGUCGCUUAUCAAUAGAAGGAUUGUGCUGCUUGUGCUUUUCAAGUUACAUGUUACAAUAGUUAGAGGCAGAGGUAUGCUACUUAUGCCUUUUAAGAUAUGAAUUUUGUAUAGUUGUUCUAAAGACAUUUGCAAACCAAAUAUGAGGUGAUCCGAGAAGGCAACUACAUAGCUCUUGUUGGUUGGGGAGCACAACUGUUUGUCGUGAAGUAGGCUUGUAUUGAUGCAGAGAAGGUAGUUUUUUUAAGAAUCCUUUCAUGAUGUUUUUAGCUAUAACUUACAGAAACACAAUGAUUAAUGAUGUCUUCUUAUGGUCAACUAACCCAAAAUUUAAAUUAGAGCUUACCCAGUUGG